UAUUUGACCCACUAAUCAUCUAGUCCCCCUUAGCACGUGGCAACGGGCGCCUUGGCCCCUUCUCGUGUUCUUCUCUUCGAAUCGAGAUCACGACCGCGAGUGGACAGAGAGGCGACGCGAAUCCCCCCAACCUCAAAUUUGCCACUCGCCCUCUUCCAAAGAUGGCUGCUUCGGCGGCCUUCGCGGCGGUGGCGGUCAUGAUGCUGGCGGCAGCGCACUUGGCCGUUGCGGCGGCGGCUCCGGUGACGGCCCCAGCCUUCCUCUGGGCGCCUGAGAACUAUGGUUCCCACGAGGCUAAAGGAGUAGUCCACUAUCAGACAAUGUCACCGGCAAGUUUAGCAAAAUCUGUUCUUGAUGAAGGUGGCUGGUCAAACUUGGUGUGUUCAAGGGAGGGCUCUUAUAAGGCUGUUGACAUUGCAGUUGUUUUUCUUGGCUCGAAGCUACAAUCGUCAGACAUCUCUAAAGAUAAGCAAGCUGAUACAUCUUUGGCAGACACACUAAAGCUCUCCUUCACAGGCUCAGAGUUUUCCAUGGCAUUCCCUUAUGUUGCUUUGACAGAUAAUGACAAAUUGGAGAGCUCAUUGCUAUCUGGACUUGCUGAGAAUUGUGACAAUGAUUUUCACGGAAACCACAUCACAUACACAGACACGUGUACUGUAAGUGGUGAAGAUCUGAAGAAACAUCAAAGCAUGGAUUCUAUUCGCGACUUAGUGAUGUCACGGGAGAGAAGCAAUCCAAGGGGAAAGGCUGAUCUAAUUGUCUUCUGUAAUGGUGGUUUCAAGGAUUUAGAUAAUGCAAAAUCAGAAGGGGAGUUGCUUUCCGAGCUGGUUUCUGUGCUGAAAAUGUCUGAGGCCAGAUAUACAGUUCUUUAUGCUUCCCAACCCUAUGGUUUACUGGAGAACCCUUCCAACCUACCAUUAGCCAGGUAUCUUGCAGAGAAGACCAACACUACUACUAAAUCUGGCCUAGGCAAAUGUGAUGGGGAGUGCCUAGUAAAAUCAAGUCUUCUGGAAGGAACUUUUGUUGGACUAGUGCUGCUGAUCAUUUUGAUAUCAGGACUCUGCUGUAUGAUGGGAAUCGAUACCCCCUCGAGGUUUGAGGCUCCCCAGGAUUAGGUAGGAGAGUACAAAUCCCAUAGAAGCCUGCCAGAUAUGAAAGCUCAAGGCAGGCGUGAGAAAUACAAAUAGCCAAUUUGCACUCUGGAUAUAAGUUGCCUCAUACUUCCUCCGUCCCAAAAUAAGUGUCUCAACUUCGUAUUAAUUUGUGUUGAGACACUUAUUUUGGGACGGAGGGAGUAUAUGUUACCAAGACACGUGACCGAUUUUUUGUAUAAUAUUAUUACAUCUCGGACCUAUGACCGACCAGAAAGAUGUAGCUGAGCUCAAAACAUAUUCUUAUGCCAGGCUUGUGUUAUACCAACCCCCCCGCUUCAGGCAUUUUCUGUGAAUAACCUGGAAUUCAGGUAGUCAGUAAAAUGGCAUUGUCCAUGAAUAAAAUCUUUUUUAUUUAUUUA